AUGUUAGAGUGGUUGGAAUGGAAGAGAAGACGAGGUGAUAAAUUUGUGAAAGAUAGGAAGACGAAGAAAGAAACUUCACAGUCUGUUAAAGAGAAAUCAUUGAUUUCUUAUUGGUUUGUAAUGAAAUUGUGGAGGGAGAGAGAGAGCUCAAAGUAUUCAAGGAAAUUCCAAAGAUCAGGUUACUCCUUGGAUGCAAAGAAGGCAAAAGGGAACAACAACCUUGUUGCUGGUACAUGUGAUGUUAAUAAUCAUCCUUUGUUUGUAUUAGUUGAUUGUGGAGCAAUGUAUUCCUUUAUUUCUAACCUUUGUGUGCUGCGACUUGGGUUUGAAGCUCAGAAGGUCUGUAAAAAGUGUUCUAUUACUUUUAACAGCCACAAUUUCUUGAUUGAUCUUAUUUAUCUAUCGCUCAAGAAGAUCGAUGUGAUUUUGGAUAUGGAUUGGUUAUCCAAUAACUCUGUAUAUAUCGGCUGUAAGGAAAAGGCUAUCUUUAUUCCUGCUAAGGAGACUACUUCAAUUGAUGUUAUUGGCAACCUGAUUAAAGGUACGGUUAAAUUGGUUAAUUAUCUUUUUGCACAGGAGAAAUCCUUUCUUUUAGUUCUCACCACAGAUUUAGAAGAUAGGAAGAGUGUGUCGGAGAUUCCUAUCGUAUUCAAGUUUCCUUAUGUGUUUCCCGAGGAUGUCAUUUCUCUUCCACUAGAAAGAGAAGUUAAGAUCUCCAUUGACCUUGUUCUGGGAACCGCUCUGGUUUCUAUUGCUCCUUAUUGGAUGUCUCCUGCAGAGUUGAUAGAACUGAAGAGCCAAUUAGAAUAA